AUAGUCUCCAACUUUCCCACAGAGAGAGAGAGAGAGAGAGAGAGAGAGAGAGGGAGCUCCGAGCUUUCGUCAAUGGCGCGCCCACUGUAAUUGAGCUCUCCAUUUCCUUCAAUCGCCGCCUGAAUCAGGUCAAGAGCUAGAGAGAGAGGGCUUGGGUGUGUAGUUAGGGCUAGCUGUUGAUUUCAGCGCUGCGGGACGGUGUGCUGUUUCUAAUUUUGGCGGAUCAGUCCUCGUUUAUGGUCCUCUGAGAGGGGGAAGAGUGGGGAGCGAGCAAACCAUGAGCUGGCGCAGAGUGCUGAAGUCCGUGCAGGCGGUGGUGGCCCACGGCCUCCUCCUCUCCUUCACUCUGCUGCUCCUCCUCAAGCUCGACCGCGUCGUCUCCUGCUCUUGGUGGGUGAUCUUUUCCCUGCUUUGGUUAUUUCAUUCUGUUGUUGCCCGAGGGAGAUUCUCUUUGCCAGCUCCAUCAGUUCCUCACAGUCGUCAUUGGGCCCCAUGCCAUGCCAUCGUGGCGACUCCAUUGCUUGUAGCAUUUGAACUACUUCUCUGUAUAUAUCUGGAGAGCGAUUAUGUCCAUGAUUUUCCUGCAGUCAGCUUGAAGAUCGUUUUUCUUCCCCUGUUGGUAUUCGAACUAAUUAUUCUAAUUGACAAUUUUAGGAUGUGUAGGGCGCUAAUGCCAGGGGAUGACGAAAGCAUGAAUGAUGAAGCAAUAUGGGAGACGCUCCCUCACUUCUGGGUUGCGAUUUCCAUGGUCUUCUUCUUUGCUGCUACUAUAUUUACCUUGCUCAAGCUAUCUGGAGAUGUUGGUGCUCUUGGAUGGUGGGACUUGUUUAUAAAUUUCAGUAUUGCAGAGUGCUUUGCAUUUCUAGUUUGUACAAAGUGGUCCAAUCCAGUGAUUCAUCGGAAUUCACGCACAAGGACAUCUGGCUCAUCUUCUUCGACUAUUAGAUAUCUCGACUGGAAUAGUGGCUUGGUAGUUUCGUCAGAAGAGGAUCAGAAUCAAGAUAACAGAAUGUGCGGCCUGCCUGAAAUCGGUGGCCAUAUUAUGAAAAUACCAAUUAUUGUGUUCCAAGUCCUCCUCUGCAUGCGCUUAGAGGAAACGCCUAGUGCUGCUCGAAAUAUUCCUCUUCCAGUUAUUUUUGCUCCCAUCUUCCUCCUCCAAUGUGCUGCAGUUCUAUUUGCUGUUAUUCGGUUGAUAGAGAAAAUUGUGCUUCUUCUGCGAAGUGAAGCUGGUUCAGGGAGAUACUUCAUAUUCUCAUCUAGAGUUCAUGACUGUUUCUCGUUCCUGCACCAUGGCCCCCGAUUGUUGGGUUGGUGGUCGAUUGAUGAAGGAAGUAGUGAGGAACAAGCUCGCCUUUUCCAUGAGGGGAGCUCUGGUUACAACACAUUUUCUGGUUAUCCACCGGAAAUAGUGAAGAAAAUGCCUAAAAGGGAUCUUGCUGAAGAGGUUUGGAGACUUCAGGCAGCUCUGGGAGAGCAAACAGAAAUUACGAAAUUCAGUCAACAGGAGUUUGAGAGGCUUCAAAGCGAAAAGGUGUUAUGUCGGGUAUGCUUCGAGGGACAGAUCAGUGUGGUCCUGCUCCCUUGUCGACACCGUAUCCUCUGCAGUGCUUGCUGUGAGAAAUGUAAGAAGUGCCCAAUCUGUCGUGUUUCCAUCGAGGAGCGCUUACCUGUGUAUGAUGUUUAGUGGGAAAUCUGCCUGAACUGACAGAGCGCUUCAUUUGUAAAAUCCCAAAGUGCAGUUCUCUAACCACACUUGUUUCUGCUUUUAGUUUUCGUGUUAUUCCGAAUAGCGGGUUUUGCUCCUUCGUUGUAGUUCAUGCUUUCCUUCUCCGCCCUUUUGUAACUGUAAAUAUACCUACUCUCUGCUUUUUGGUCCGAUAAUUAAAUAUACCCUUCUUUAAUCAGA